GGUGUGGAGCGGGACUUGGAGCUGCCGCCGCCUCGGCCACCGCCUACAGAGUCUGUCUUGCGCCUGGUGUUGCCUGGACCAUGCGGCCGGAGCCAGGAGGCUGCUGCUGCCGUCGCCCGCUGCGGGCGAACGGCUGCGUGGCGAACGGGGAGGUGCGGAACGGGUACGUGAGGAGCAGCGCCGCUGCCGCCGCUGCCGCAGCCAGCAAGGUCCAUCAUGUUACACAAAAUGGAGGACUGUAUAAAAGACCCUUUAACGAAGCUUUUGAAGAAACACCAAUGCUGGUUGCUGUGCUUACUUAUGUGGGGUAUGGUGUACUCACCCUCUUUGGAUACCUUCGAGAUUUCUUGAGGUAUUGGAGAAUUGAAAAGUGUCACUAUGCAACAGAAAGAGAAGAACAAAAGGACUUUGUGCCGUUGUAUCAGGAUUUCGAAAACUUCUAUACAAGGAACCUCUACAUGAGGAUUAGAGACAACUGGAAUCGACCAAUCUGUAGUGUGCCUGGAGCCAGGAUGGACAUCAUGGAGAGACAGUCUCAUGAUUACAACUGGUCGUUCAGGUACACAGGGAAUACAAUUAAAGGUGUUAUAAACAUGGGUUCCUACAACUAUCUUGGAUUUGCACGGAAUACUGGAUCAUGUCAGGAGGCAGCUGCCAAAGUCCUAGAGGAGUAUGGAGUUGGUGUGUGCAGCACUCGGCAGGAAAUUGGAAAUCUGGACAAGCAUGAAGAACUAGAAAAGCUUGUGGCAAGUUUCUUGGGAGUAGAAGCUGCUAUGGCAUAUGGCAUGGGAUUUGCAACAAAUUCAAUGAACAUUCCUGCUCUUGUUAGCAAAGGUUGCUUGAUUCUGAGUGAUGAACUGAACCAUGCAUCACUGGUUCUGGGAGCCCGACUGUCAGGAGCAACCAUUCGAGUCUUCAAACACAACAACAUGCAGAGCCUAGAGAAGCUAUUGAAAGAUGCCAUUGUCUGUGGUCAGCCUCGGACACGAAGGCCCUGGAAGAAGAUUCUAAUCCUUGUGGAGGGAAUAUAUAGCAUGGAGGGAUCCAUUGUUCGCCUUCCUGAGGUGAUUGCCCUUAAGAAGAAAUACAAGGCAUACCUGUAUCUUGAUGAAGCCCACAGCAUCGGGGCUCUGGGCCCUGCAGGGCGAGGUGUGGUAGAUUACUUUGGCCUGGAUCCUGAGGAUGUGGACGUUAUGAUGGGAACAUUUACCAAGAGCUUUGGUGCUUCUGGAGGAUACAUUGGAGGGAAGAAGGAGCUGAUAGACUACCUGCGAACACAUUCUCAUAGUGCAGUGUAUGCCACGUCACUGUCACCACCUGUUGUGCAGCAGAUCAUCACCUCGAUGGAGUGCAUCAUGGGGAAGGAUGGCACCAACCUUGGCAAAGAGUGUAUACAGCAAUUAGCUGAAAAUACCAGGUAUUUCAGGAGACGUUUGAAAGAGAUGGGCUUCAUCAUCUAUGGAAAUGAAGAUUCUCCAGUGGUGCCUUUGAUGCUUUACAUGCCAGCCAAAAUCGGCGCCUUUGGACGGGAGAUGCUGAAGCGGAACAUCGGAGUCGUUGUGGUGGGAUUUCCUGCCACCCCUAUUAUUGAGUCCAGAGCCAGGUUUUGCCUGUCAGCAGCUCAUACCAAAGAAAUUCUUGAUACUGCUCUCAAGGAGAUAGAUGAAGUUGGGGACCUACUACAGCUGAAGUAUUCCCGUCACCGGUUGGUGCCGCUGCUGGACAGGCCCUUUGAUGAGACCACAUAUGAAGAAACAGAAGACUGAGCCUUUUUGGUGCUCCCUUACGGAAACUCUCCCUCACCCAGGACAGUGUGUGGCCUUUCUGAGCCAGUUCCAGGAACCACACUUCUGUGGCCGUCUCACGUGAAAGACAUUUUCUCAACUACUGAUGGUGGCCACCUCCACUCCAAAUGGCAUUUUGUAAAUAGGAAAAACUGCUCCACGUCUUCCUUUGCUGCAUUUCACCUUUUAAAAAAGGUGACUCACUUUGCUUUUUUGUCCAUUAAAAAAUGUUUUAUUUUAUAACUA